UUUCGAACACCUAUAGACAGGAAUCCAUGACUCGAUCCACCAGCCCCCUCAAAUACUAACUAACAACGCCCCUAUAUCAGGGUGUAACAGUUAUAGGAAAAAUUCCUCACUCUCUCUCUCUCAAUACUAUUGAAUGUAUAUAAGAAGAUGACAAAGGGUUAACAAACAAACACAAGCAUUCUAGUAAGGUUGGCUUGUGACAGCAGAUGGGUGAGGACAACAAACGAUGUCACUCCUCCAUUCCUCUUGUUUCAAGGUUGGAUCGCUUGGAUUCUAUUGUGAAAUUUAUUGAAGGAAAAGAGAAAUUAAGGAGGUGGAGCAACCAGAGUUUGGUAAGGAGAGUGGAGAGACAAUGCAAACCGUUGGAUGUGGCAGUGAGGGAGGCCAACUCCAAAGGCUCACUCUUGGAUCGCGUGGCAUCUCUUGAAGAUCGACUAAUUCAGCUGUGCUUGGAGAUCGAAUCUAGCAAUGUACCACAUUCAACAAUACAGAAAUCUUGGGGUUUAGCCUCUGGCUAUGGAUCCAAAAGGGAACUAUCUUAUUCAUUUCCUACUUUCAACAAUCCAAAGCCUAUAUACAAUCAACAACAACAUUGUGCCCAAACCAAUAGGUUUGAGUUCCAGGGAAAGCCUCAAAGAGUGCAGCAGAGGCUAAAACAACCAAGUAGUGUGAAGCAGCAGGAACAACAACAUGGGAACAAAGAUGACAAAUUUUGCAAAAAUGGGAAGAAAGGUGUCCCUCCCAAUUGGUCACACUUCAAGAUUUUGGGUUGCUAGUCCUCUCUCCAUUCCUUUUGACUAAUUUUUUUCCAUAUCAUUGUUGGGUAUUACAAUUUUGUUUUCUUAUAUUCCGUUUGAUUGUUAAUACACUAAUUGAAACAAUUUUUAAGUGUAUUUUUUUUUUUUUAAAGAUAGGACACUUGUUAAAUUGUAAUUAAUAAUUUAUAUAUGAAAAAAAUAGA